AUGCUCGCCAAGCUCGUCUCCGGCCUCGCGGCCCUCUCCCUCGCCUCGCUCGCCCUGGCGGUCCCCAGCAACCCCGGCUACACGCUGGAGGAGCGCGGCCUGGAGGAGCGCGCCCCCGUCAGCAGCACCAUCUGGUGCGGCCCGGUCCUCCGCGCCGCCGCGCGCCAGGUCUCCGCCGAAUGGACCGUCCCCCGGGUGACCCUGCCGAACCCGAACAACGGCCAGACGGCCCCAAUGCUCUACCAAUGGGUCGGCAUGGAUGGUGUCCGCUCUUCGAGCUGCGGUAACGCCCUGCUCCAAGCCGGCACUUCUCAGGUGUGGAACGGCAACACGUUCGUAUACGACGUCUGGCUGCAGUUUUGGACUCCGCUUAACCAGUCUUCGUGGCACUUUACCUACCCGGUCGUCCGGCCCGGUGACAACGUCCGCACGACCGUCACGGCCAACUCGGACUCCCUCAGCGGAACUGUUCUCAUCGAGAACCUGACCAACCGGCAGUCGUACUCUUGGAACCUGAGGGCGACGGGCAACUAUCCCCUCUGCUUCCAGAACGUCGAGUGGAUCAACGAGGCCCCUACCGGAAAGCUGCCCGGCUUCCCCGGCUUCAGCUUCAACUCCCUCUCUUACACGGACUGGAACGGCAGGGUCUCCACCGCCGCCGGCGCCGACCUCUGGUACAUCAACACGGCCAGCGCCCGGUGCUCGGCCACUUUGUCGAGCGAUGGCAGGACCGCUGCCUUUGUCAACGCGGCCUAG